AUGAGAUCGAAUUAUACUAUGAUAAAAGAGUCCAGAAGUACUUCACCUACUGAAGAAACAGACGUAUACAUCCAUUCAAUGGUUCGAGAUGCUCUCCAGGGCAAAUUGAUAGAGACUGCCGGCAAGGCAACUACCCUAUACGAAGCGCUUAAUCUGGCCGCUGAAAGUUAUGGUGAGCUAAACUUCCUGGGAUACAUCACCGGAGAAGAGACCAUUGAGUACUUGACCUACCAGGAAGUCCGUGAGUAUGCUGAAGAGAUGGCCGCCUUUUUAGUCCAACAUAUUACUACCUCUUCUAAUCCAGUUAUUGGUAUCUGUGCUGAAAACCGUCCAGAAUGGGUUAUUGCUGAACAUGCCACAUACUUCUUUGAUGGCAUUAAUUGUCCGAUCUAUGCUUCUUUUGGCUGGAGUGCUACUAAACAUAUCUUAUCUGAGACCGAAAUGCAAAUAGUCUUUGUUUCUAAGAAAAACCUCGAUAAGAUUGCUGCGGGUAUAGAGAAAGAAGUAGAUACUCAAAUUGUCCUGCCUGAAAUGUUUAUUCUUAUGGACUCUGAUAUCUCUAAAACUACCGAAGAAAUUAUCAAAAGUCACAACAUCAGAAUAGAGUAUUUCUGGGAUAUUUUAGCCAAAUGCCAAGAAGUCCAACCAGCGGCCCAAAAAACAACCAGUGAUAAGCCUCCUACUAAGCCAAAAACCAAACCCGUUAGAGGUCAAACUAAGCCAGAUACUACUGCUCAGAAUCAAGCCCGGCGCAAGCAAUUUAAAAAGCCUACUCCAGAUAGUUUAGCUACAAUUUGUUAUACCAGUGGAACGACUGGUGCCCCUAAAGGUGCUAUGUUAACCCAUCGGAACUUCAUUUCAGUAGCCGGAUCUUUCCUUUUGUUAUCUCAAAACAAUGUUUUGUUUGAUAUUGAGGAGGGUAAUCGCUAUCUAUCCUUUUUACCUUUAGCCCAUGUUUUUGAACGGAUUGUAGAAACUUCUUUACUACUGAGUCGCUGUUCUAUUGUUUAUUACCGUGGGAUUCCUAAAGAACUCCAGAAAGACUUUGCUCUGGUUAAGCCCCAUUACUUUGUGGGAGUACCACGAGUGUUUAAUUCAGUUAAAGCAGCUAUUGAAGCACGUGCCCAAGAGAAAGGGCGAGUUGCUAAUGCUAUCUUUAAUGCGUCUCUUAAGGUAUGUAGGUACUUUAAGAACCGAUACGUACGUGAGAUAUUUGGUCUAUCUGUUUUUAGAGCUAUUCGUCAGACUUUUGGCGGUUCAAUUACUUGUAUGCUAUCGGGAUCAGCCCCUCUUUCCAUUGAAACGGCUGAGUUCUUUGAAGCAGUUUUCAAUUGUAAGUUGUUUGAAGGGUAUGGCCAAACAGAAACUGCAGCUGGGAAUAUUACCACUACCGUAAGUACUAAAGAGAAAGGUGUCCUGGGUAUUCCUUUUCUGUGUAAUCGAGUUAAGCUGAUCUCUCGGCCUGAGUCUAAUGCUCUAGCGACUAAUAAUCAAGGCGAGAUCUUAAUGCAAGGUCCUUCCGUCUUUAUUGGGUACUACAAACAACCGGGUUUAACUAAUGAGGUUUUCCUAUCUUCAGAUAGUAAGGAUUCUUUUAACCAUGAUGGCACAAAAUGGGUCAAAACAGGUGAUAUUGGUGAAAUCACAGCCGAAGGUAAUUUACGUAUUAUUGGGCGGUCUAAAGAGAUAUUUAAACUGUCCCAAGGCGAGUACAUUGUGCCUGAGAAGAUAGAGAACCGAAUUAUGGACCGCAAGAUUUACGGCUUAGAAGACAUCACUAUUACUGGGGAUAGUUCUAAAGACUUUGUGGUUGCUAUUUGUGUUAUCAAAGAGUCGAGUAAGGUCAACUCGGAUAAUGUGCAGCAAAGUAUUAUAAGUGAGGGUGAAAAGCUUGUGCUAGGUGGUGAGCUCAUCAAAAUAGAGGUUCCUAAGAAGUUUGUCUUUACAACGACUCCUUUUACCAUUGAGGAUGGACUUUUGACUCCAUCGGGUAAGAAGAUUAGGAAGAAGAUCACGACUGAGUUCCACCAGGAGAUUUUGAAAGCGUACGGCAGUGCCUAG